CAACAGCAGCAACAAAUGCAACAACAAAUUCAACAGCAGCAAAUGCAGCAGCAGCAACAAUUACAACAACAACACCAACAACAGCAGAUACAGCAACAGCAGCAAAUGCAACAGAUGCAGAUGCAAGGUCUCCAAAAUGCUCAAGGUCAGCAGGGAAUGACAGGACCCCAGACUUCAGGCCAAGGUCAGCCUCAAAUGCACCCUCAUCAGCUGCAGCAGCAGCAGCAGCAGCAGCAAACUCCACAGCCACACCUACAACAGCAGCAACAACAGCAGAUGAUGAUGAUGCUGAAGAUGCAACAGGAACAGACAAAGAAUCGCAUGUCCGUCCCUCCAGGAGGGCAGCUCCCCCCUCGGGGAAUAGCAAAUCCACCUGAGGUCCAGAGACUUCCUGUCUCUCAGCAAGGAAACAUGCCUGUAAUGAUUAGCCUUCAAAACCAUGGUGGGGUGCCGCCGUCACCUGACAAAGCCAGAGGGAUGCCCCUGAUGGUGAACCCACAGCUCGCCGGUGUUGCACGAAGAAUGUCCCAUCCUGAUGUAGGGCAGGGUCCUCAAGGAACUGGAUCUGAAGAGACCUCUGCAGGGACCCAUCUGAAGCAAGACAGGCCUAGUGGCCCAGAAAUUGGGGUGCAGUCAGGAAAUGGGGCCCAACAGAUGAUGGCCAAUCAGGGUUCCAACACUCACAUGCUGAAACAAGGUCCUGGCCCAUCACCAAUGCCCCAGCACACAGGAGCCAGUCCCCAGCAACAGUUAACUUCACAGCCUCAGCAAGGAGGUCCUAUGCCUGGCAUUCAUUUUUCCAGUGUCCCAACAACUUCACAGAGCUCUAGGCCCAAAACUCCCAACAGAGCCAGCCCGAGGCCCUACCACCAUCCCUUGACCCCAACAAAUCGUCCACCUAGUACUGAACCCUCAGAAAUCAACCUUUCACCUGAAAGGUUGAAUGCCUCCAUUGCUGGUCUGUUUCCUCCAAAAAUUAACAUUCCUCUUCCUCCAAGGCCUAACCUAAACAGGGGGUUUGACCAGCAAGGCCUUAACCCAACAACUCUCAAAGCCAUUGGGCAGGCCCCUCCUAGUUUAAAUUUACCAGGCAACAACAAUGGUAGUGUAGGUGGAAAUAACACUAAUCAACAGCCUUUUUCUACUGGCACUGGAGGAGGAGGCACAGGCACUAAACAGGACAAGCAACCAGGGGGGCAGGUGAAGAGGGCAAGUCCUAGCAGUAGUCGAAGAUCAAGUCCAGCUUCCAGCCGUAAGUCUGCUACCCCAAGCCCAGGAAGACAGAAAGGAACAAAGAUGGCCAACAACUGCCCUGCCCUCCAGCAGCAGAUAAUGAACAACCAGGGGCAAACAGUGAUGCUUAGCCCUACAUCAGUUCCCCCAAGCCCAGUGUCAAUGCCUUCCCAAGUCAGUGGGGGCAUGGAGGCGCAGCAGCCCCAGAAUCUCUUCCAUGGUUUGCAAGGAAAUCCUCUUGAGGGAGUCAGGGACAGCCAGGGAAUGAUGUCUGCAGAACAGCGACACAUUCUUCAGCCACAACCCCAGCCACAGUCUAUGAGGGAGUUGUCAGCUCCUAGAAUGGCAAGUCCUCGUUUCCCCUUACCCCAACAGUCUAAACCUGACUCGGAACCGCAGGCAGGCACAGUUGAUAGACAGUCUGCACAUGCAGAACCUUCACAGGACUCUGAGGUUUCACCAACUCUUAGGACAGCUCCAACCUCCCUCAACCAGUUACUGGAUAACGCAGGUAUCCCAAACAUGCCUCUUCGGCCCAUGCAGAGUAAUACUGUUAGGGAUGUUUUAGGAAAGGACAGCCCUAAAUCUGCUUUAGACCCAGAGAGACCACACCUCAGUACAUCCCAGAGUACAGAUAUGUCAGCCUCUGUCUCAGUAACUGCAGCUUUUAAUGAAUCAGAAGUUAAACCUAAAUCUGCUGCCUCAAAUCCUACCAGCAAUCCUUAUAUGCAACCUACUUCAAUCCCCAGCUCACACCCAAGCAUUAACAUGACCUCAAAUACUUCCCCCAGCCUUAGCCAAAACUCUAUUCCCACUCUUGGUGUUUGUCCAAGUCCACAUGUAAACCCUACUGCUACCCUAAGUACCAACACUAAUGCCACCAUGAGUGUAAGCUCCAACCCAGCCAUUUCCAGUCAGAGCGGUCCUGCCUCAACACUCAGUACUAGUUCUAACUCCAACUCUGUUUUAAACCCACCAAGUUCAUCUCUAAAACCAAGCCCAAGCCCUAGUCCCAAACCUGUAACAAGUGUUCACUCAGUCAUACAAAUUCCUGCCUCCUCUACCACCAUACCUCCCAAUCAGAUCACUGUAUUUGUCACCUCCAACCCCAUUACCUCAGCCCCUACUCCCCAGGCACCUACAUCUAUGGUCUCUACCAUGGUGGCUGUCCCCAACAAGAAUAUAAGACCUCAGGACAUCAGGCAGCAGACCCCAGUCCCUAGACCUCAAUUUAUUGCCACAACCCCUGUGUUCAUCAACCCAAUUUUCCAGGUACCAGGAUCAUCUGUUGCACCUAAUACAACAGUAGUAUCCCAGUCAGUCACCAUGGUCGGGCCUAUCCAAGUAUCAACUACAAACAUCCAACUUUCCCCUGCCCCGAGCUCCGCCCAGUCAUCAACAGCUAAUAUGACCUACACUCAGCCUAAUAGAAGCUCUGUUGGUCAGAUGCAGAUUGCCACUAGUAUGCCCUCAUCAGUCCCGGUUGGUAAUCCCCAAGCUCCUCAAAAUAACCCAGGGACUCUCAAAACAGAAAAUCUUGUCGAGGUGGGUCCUGCUCAGAAAACGAGUCCACCAAUACGGCAGCCCUCUCCCCAUCCUAGCCCUUCAGCUUCAUCUCCCUUUCAGCCACCCAUGGCUUCUCCUCCACCCUGCUCCAGUCCUGGGGCAGUAAACACGAUGAGAAAGAGCCCUAUGUCUCCACCUCCAACUACCCAAGUUAAAGGAAAACCUGCCCAGGUUACUGCAGCUGUUACAGCUACAGCUGAUGUACAGCAGAGUUCAAUAGAAAGGCCUGCAGGGCUAGUGGGGACAUUGCCACCACAAACCUGUCAUCCUCCUGAGGGUCCCACUGCACAGAUUGAACCACUAGUUCCCCAAACUACCACUGCUGCUGCCCCAAACAACAUUGCACUGCCUACAGUUUCUUCAAUUCCCAUUCAUAGCCAAGUUGCUCUCCCUACUCAAUUUGUUACCCAGGCCCCAUUGCCUGCACCUGCUUUAGUUACAAGCUCAUCCCAGGUUUUAACUUCUAAAGCUCCUAUUGCGACUGUAGUUGGUACAACUACCCCUACUGCUACCUUGCCCUUGCCUCCCUCAGUGACUCCUGAACAAAGUCCUGUGUCAUCCAUUGUUCCAAUUUGUUCUGGGCCUGGAACUGUUCAGGAUGUUUCUCCUUCCACAUCAUCUCCAGCUGCUAACUCUAGUGGAGUUUCAGCAGCUCAGUCUGAACCCCCAACUGUGGAGUCCCCUUUGCAGCCAGCUGCGGCACCUGCUGAAACCUCCCAGACCAUCCAAGCAUCUAAUCAACCAGAAGCUCCACAAUCACAGGAGCCUGUUCCAAGUGAGAAGCCAGGUGAAGAGGUCUCAACAGGAUCGGAGCAAGGGCAGUUCAUUUGGUUGGCCAAGGGGGUACAUGGUGAAAUCAAUGAAACCACGUGGCCUCAGCACUUGGUAUGUAUGAUUAGCAUGCUGCAGUAUAAAUUUACUAAUGCAUGACAGUAUUUGUAACACAGAACAGCCAAUCACAAAGCAAAUUGUGCACACUCACUUGACCUUUUAUAGCUGUAUCUCUUUUCCUGAGGAUUGACAUAAUGUGGUGGGGAAGUUGGGUUUUAUUCAGCACAGUUUAUAGUUUACCGCUGUUUUUCCACUUCUA